CGUCUCUAUCCUGCCGUUUGGACGCCCCACUCGGGGUUUCCAGGGUGAGACUGGUAACUGCCGAGGGAAGAGCAGCUCGGGAGGUGAUCUUGUCACUCGAGGAGGCACGGUUCCAGCCGACGCUUGGAUCAGGUCCUUCUUCCCCUGUUCCAAACCCAUCAGAAAUGCCCAUCUCAGAGCCCCCAGGUCCCUGUGCAAGAGGCGGGCCAGGGUUGCGUGCGGCCUCCCGCCCCGCCCCAGGCUGUGCCGUGCGCGCCACCGCUGCCGCCACUCUACCCCAGGGGCUCCCCCGCCUCUGUCCACCAGUGGGCGACUGCCUCCCCCGCCUGGGAGCGAGUCCGGCGCCGCAGCCCAGCCGGGUGGGUUCAAGAGGCCUUUGGAGCUCGCAGGCCAGGGACGCGCGGUGAACCCCAGGUGUGACCCCCAGGGAUCCAGGUGACGUCUCUGCAGACACUCUGCCAUGACACCCCACCAAGGACAAGGGGAAUAAAGUGGGAGCCCUUUCCCAUGCCCCUCCCAUGGUCAGCUCCCCGAUGGCCUGGCUGAGGGCCGAUAGGCUGCUCUGACACCAUGGGGAGCUGCUGUAGCUGCCUGGACAGAGACAGCGUGCCACACAACCACCCGACCAAAUUCAAGGUGACAAAUGUGGAUGAUGAAGGGGUGGAGUUGGGCUCGGGGGUGAUGGAGCUGACGCAGAGCGAGCUGGUGUUGCACCUGCACCAGCGGGAAGCUGUCCGCUGGCCCUACCUCUGCCUGCGGCGCUAUGGCUAUGACUCCAAUCUCUUCUCCUUUGAGAGUGGCCGCCGCUGUCAGACCGGCCAGGGGAUCUUUGCAUUCAAGUGCUCGAGGGCAGAGGACAUCUUCAACCUGCUGCAGGACCUCAUGCAGUGUAACAGCAUCAACGUGAUGGAGGAGCCGGUCAUCAUCACACGGAGCAGCCACCCCCCAGAGCUGGACCUGCCUCGAGGGCCCCCGCAGCCCGCCGGCUACACAGUCUCCAGCUUCUCUAAUGGCUUCCCUGGCUGCCCUGGAGAGGGCCCACGAUUCUCCUCCGCUCCUCGUCGACCCUCCACAAGCAGUCUGCGACACCCCUCACCUGGGGAAGAGUCCACCCAGGCUCUCAUUGCCUCCGAUGAGCAGUCUCACACCUAUGUCAACACACCAACCGGGGAAGAGGCCAGCAGGAGUCGCCACUGCCUGCAGCCACUGCCUGAGGGCAGGGCACCCUUCCCAUCGCAGACGCAGGUUUCUGACCAGCAGGACCCACAGGUGUUACUGCAGCCAGGGCAGGUCAAGUUCGUGUUGGGCCCCACCCCUGCUCGUCGACAGGUGAUGAAGUGCCAGAGCAUGCAGGACCCUCCCCAUCACAACAACAACGAGGGCCCUUCCGAGUGCCCAGCCCAGCCCAAAUGCACCUACGAGAAUGUCAGCGGGGGCCUGCAGCCAGGGGCUGGCUGGAGACUGAGCCCAGAGGAGCGAGGGUGGAGUGGCUUGGCUCACCGUCGGGCUGCUCUGCUGCACUAUGAGAACCUGCCCCCACUUCCUCCACUGUGGGAGAGCCAAGGCCAGCAGCUGGGAGGGGAGGCUGGGGAUGAUGGGGACUCCAAGGAUGGGCUUACCCCUUCCUCAAAUGGCUUCCCUGAUGGUGAGGAGGAUGAAACCCCACUACAGAAACCCACCAGCACCCGGGCCUCCACCCGUAGCCACAGCAGCUUCCCAGUCCCACUGACCCGCCGCCGAGGCUCCCCGAGGGUCUUCAACUUUGAUUUCCGCCGGCAGGGCCCUGAGCCCCCAAGGCAGCUCAACUACAUCCAGGUGGAGCUCAAGGGCUGGGGCACAGCCCGUCCCAAGGGGCCCCAGAACCCCUCAGUAUCUGGAGCUCCUGGGCCCACCCCACACCCUGCUCGCAGCUCAGACUCCUAUGCCGUGAUUGACCUCAAGAAAACGGUGGCCAUGUCCAACCUGCAGAGGGCUCUGCCACGAGAUGACGGUACCGUCAGGAAGACUCGGCACAACAGCACCGACCUGCCUCUGUAGACCUGCCUCCACCUGCCUCUGUAGACCCGUUCCCCCGCCCGCCUCUGCCCACAGUAGGGGCUCCACCCUACCCACCUGCCUCUGCCCACAGCAGGGGCUCCACCUCACCCACCAGCCCAGGACCCACAGCUGCUUUGCAGAAGAUACUCCCCCAAAGAUGUCAGCCACUGGGUGUCCAGUUCCCCAAGCUGGGGAGAGGAGAGGGUGAGCUGGAGAGAGGGAGCCAUGGUGUAAACUGUGAAGGGUCUCAAGGUUGCAUUUCGCACCCUUCCCUAAUGUUCGUUCUGUGAAGGGUCUCAAGGUUGCGUUUCGCACCCUUCCCUAAUGUUCGUUGUCUGGUCUUCAGCUGUCCAUGUGUUUGUGCUUUCAGUUUUCUUUCCCUUCCCCUUUCCCUUUUUAUUUGUUGGAGUUUUGAGACAUUUUGUACCUGUUGAUUUUAUUUAUCAGUUUAUUUUUCUAUUUAUUGUUUUAAAUGUAACUUAACAUAUUUAUUAUUAAUAUAAUUAUUUUUAAAUUC